GUUGGCCCUUCAAGAGCCGAAGUCCGGAGACCAUCUCCGCACCGCUGCUCCGACACUGCAGCGCUGGGGGGUGGGCCGCGCCACCCUGGUGCUGCGACAGCUGGGGAAGGAGCAACGAGGCGACUUGGUCCUGGAGCUUCUCCAAGUUCUACAAGAAGAUGGGCUGCAGCUGGACGUCUUUCACUACGCGGCUGCCAUGACGGCCUUCAGCCACCGCAGCUGGAGCAGUGCAGUGGGGCUGCUGGCCACGGCACGGCAGGGAAUGGUGGCGGUGAAUGAGUACAUGCGUCCUGGUCGGGGGCCAAGCUGUGAACAAAGCAAUUUGGGCGGUUGGGCCAGAGAUGCUCUAGAUCAAAUGUAUUCUGAGGCAAGUGCCGCACCCUGGAACUUGGUCAUCUCCUUUCUUGCAGAGAUGAAGGCUCCAAGAUGGGUGAAUCGGGCUGGUGAGCCAUCUGCCCAAAAGACCUGUGCCAAGCCGGGCCACUGCAGGCAAUGGUUGGGAAAGUGUGCCACUAGCAUCCCACAACCUGCAGAUUUUGCGCUUCGGCUGGGCAAUAGUGUGAGCCGCAGCGCUGCGAUGAAGUCAUGGAGUCGCGAAGGGCAGUGGCAGGAUUAUGCCUUCGAGAAUUGGUCCUAUAUGGGUCUUCGGUGUCGUUGGCAGCUCUGCAUGGCAAAAAUUCGGGGUCCAGAUCACCAGCUCAUAGCCUCACUGCAGCCAUGGCUGCGUGUGAGAGGCGAUUACUGGCAGCACAGCCUUCAGAUUUUCCACACCUCUCAGCUCACCAAGGAUCAGGUGUGCCUCAACGCUGCAGUCAGCGCGUGUUCCAAGGGUGCCAACUGGCAAAGCGCACUGGGGAUCCUGGCACAACUGUCCGAAAGCUCCAUCGAAACUAGCGAGGUGACUCACAACUCUGCCAUCAGUGCAUGUUCCAACGCCCGAGAAUGGCAGAUGGCCCUUGCACUUUCUCAGGAGAGAGAACGAGCUGAUCUCUGCACAGCUUUCGCCAGGGAUUUGGUGUUCGACCACAGCGCUGGCGUUGAAGGCAUCGGAGAUUCAGCGGAUGUUUCGGGGAUUGGGCGUUGGCCGGCAGCCUUGGCGAUGUUGCAGUGGGUUGCAGAUCAGCGGCCGGUAGAUGCAGCCCUGGCUGGCACAGUGAUCUCCAUCGUUCAGCAAGCUCUGGGGCCAAAGACACUGAAAGUCCUGCAGUUUUUGCGGCGCCACUGGCUGGAACGAAUGCCAUGUCCGCCCCUGCCAGAGCUGGCGGUUGAGGAGCUGAAGAUCUUGUGUCAGCGACCUGGACUUCUGGUGGUGAACAAGGCUUCCGGGCAAGCCACUGAGUCCAUUCUUUCCCGCCUGGCGACUGUUCUCGGCCCGCGCGCGGAACUGUCCUUGGCGUCCAGAUUGGAUGCACCCACCUCGGGCGCGGAGGGGGAAGUGGGAGGUGUACUACCUUUAGCCUAUGGUGAAGCUGCAGGGAGACAUUUGCAGGCGCAAUUUGCUGGGCGUCUUGUGCGGAAGGACUACAUUUGUUUGUGCGAAGGUCCUUCACUGGGCGAGACGGGGUCCUAUGCUGCGAUCGACCAACCUUUGCGCACCACCGGUAUCGAUGGUGUCAACUCGCGAACGGAGGUGUCCGUCUUGGGCCGGCAGGCCGCGACGGCGUAUGUGGUGAAGAGAAGAUAUCAGCUGCCGGAGCUGCCGGGCCUGGCGUCCGCUGAUCCAGCGACGGAAUUGAUUUUGCUACGAGUUCGGCCUCUGACGGGCCGCACUCAUCAGAUUCGAGUUCACAUGGCAUCCAUUGGCCGCCCAAUUCUGGGGGACAUGGUCUAUGGCAGCAACAGCACCAGAUGUGCCUGUGACCGCCUCUUUUUGCACUGUGCCCAGCUGCGUCUCUACGACUUCGACGGCAAGGUCUUCCGCGUCCGCGCGCCGCUGCCGCGGAAGCUGCAGGGCCUGGCGAUGAUCAAUUUUAUUUCGAAGACCUGCCCCUCAGUGGCGCUCCUCUAUGGCAAGCGGCCCUUACAGCGCAUCGCUGUCGGUGCUGCCAAGCAGCAGCUCGAGAUCCCGCUGGAUGUGGUGGCAGACAUUCCCACCAAGGUGGACUCGAGCGUCGCCUAUGUGGGCAACAAGUACAACGCCCUCCCCUGGAAGGACUUCGUGGACAUCAAAUUGGAUGCCCGAAACUUGAUCGAAGCUGACGUGAAGUCCGCCCUCACCGACCUGGACUGGUUCGGCAAGGUGAACGCCCUCUAUGCCGGCAAGGCGGCGGAGGCCGAGUUGGACGUGGCGGCAAAGACCACGGGAGCCAUGAAGACUGUCCAGUGGCCCCAGUUGUGGCUCUGUGGUACUGCUGGUGAAAACUACACCGGCGAAGAUGCCGCUGGUGAAGCCAUGCCAAAGGUCGAGACGUGGCCUCCGAGUGAAGUAGGUGUUACCGGUGGUAAUACUCCAGCGGAGCGCAUGUACAAAGCGAGCCUGGUGAAAGUCGAGGGUCAACCCUUGGGAAUGGAGUCCUGGCUGGGCGAAAGCAAAGGUUCACCUGGGGCAGGGCUGUUGGAUCCGUUUCGUAUCUGCAGUGAGAUGGUCACGGAAGUGGAUGUGGAUUUCAUGGCGGAACGGAGCGUGUUGCCCAUCCUCUUCGUAUCUGGCGGCAUUGCUGAUGCCUGGAACAAGGAGCAUCCUGAGGCCAAGAUCAGUGCGGGCACCACGGCAGAACCGCACCGCGAUGCCAUUGUGGAAGUGAACGGUGUGCGAAGUGUGGAAGGAAUGUUGCAGAAGUGCAAGGUGGAUCCUGUGCUUUCGCUGACCUUGAUCAAGUGCCUGACCUAUGGCCAUUUGGUGCAAGACCUCGAGAAGCUCAUCUCCAUCAAAGGUGCCGAACGUCGAAAAUCGGGCGCUUUCUGGGCAGAGAGUUUGGAUCUGUUUUUGGUGUGUUUUGGCUUUGAUGUGAUGCGGGUGAUUUGCUGUGGUCCCAUCAUGAUCCGGCUGGCCUGGCACGACGCGGGCGUCUUCAACGGCGUGGACGGCUGCCCCAACGCGGCCAUGCGCCUGGCGGGCGGCGGUGAGUACAGCUUCGGCGCCAAUGCGGGGUUGCCGCAGGUGGCCAUUCCUUUGCUGAAGCAGAUCAGCGAGAAGUGGUACGUUCCCAGACUCAUUUCGCAUGCGGAUUUGUGGGCUUUAGCUGCAAACGUGGCCAUCAAAGUCAUGGGGGGUCCCAGCAUCGUGACGCAUUUUGGGCGCCUUGAUGCGCAGGGCCUCUCCGAAGGUGCCCAGUCCGCGGCAGGCCGGCUGCCGGACGCAGACAAAGAUCCUUGGACGGACGCCCAACAUUUGCGCGAUAUUUUUUACCCCAAGGGGUUCACGGAUAAAGACAUCGUGGCUCUCUCUGGCGCUCACAGUGUUGGCGCGUGCCACGCAGAUCGUUCGGGUUUUGAAGGUCCGUGGACGGAUGACAAGUUGAAAUUCGCUUUUGGUCGUGGAGGACCGGAGCGACAAGGAGCAAUGACCGCGCAGCAGCUCAUCGACACGGUCCAGCAACUCCAGGCGAACAUGCAGCAGGCACAACAACGUGAGUUGACUCUUAGACAACAGGUGGAGCAACUGACAGCUGGGCAGACGGAUGCACAACAGCGUGAAGCGGCUCUCAGGCAACAGUUGGAUCAGGUCUUGAAUGGACAGCAACAGCAAGCCCAAGCCCAAGCACAGCAACAGCAGGCAGCGUUUCAAGCCAAUGUUGGGGCAGCGUUCCAGGAGCUUGCGAGGAGUCAGAAUGAUCUGGUUCAGGCGUUGCGCGAUCGGCCUGACAAGAAGGUGACCUUGGUGGACAAUCGGGGCUUGGCGAAGCCUGACAGGUUCCUUGGAGAAGAGUCCAAUUGGUUGUACUGGAAGACCAGGAUGGAAGCUUUCAUCACCAGCGUGCACCCCAAGAUGGAGACAGUGUUGGAGUGGGCAGAAGAUUUAGACACUGAGAUCACUGCGACGGAGAUCAAAGCGGCCUUUGGACCAGUGAAUCCGACCCAUCAGACUAUUGAGGAUGUGGAGGAGAUCUCUGGUCAGCUGUAUGCCAUCUUGCAAACGCUUUGCGAGAAAGAGGCUUUCCAGGUGGUGAGGUCGGCUGGAAAAUCUCAAGGACUUGAAGCGUGGCGCAAACUGAAUCGACGCUUCGAUCCUAGCACGGGUGGACGACGCGGUGCAAUGCUUCGGGCAAUCCCUGUCACCACAGAAAUGCACGAAGUUGGAUCAUCUGUGGGCGGCAGUGGUGCUGCCAACAAGAAUAAACAGCCCAAGGCCAAGGCAAAGUCAGGUGGCAAAUCGAAGGGUGUUGGAAACCUUGAAGAAGAGCCUCAAGCCGAACCUUUGGACACUGGGUUCCUCAGCAUUGCCAUGCUGGAGGAAUGGAGCGAGGACGACGUCAAGAUGGAGGAGGAUGCCGGACCGAGCAGCUCUUCAACUUUUGUGACUGUUCGUCCCGAAAGUGACAAGUAUGUGAUGGUCAAGUCCGAGGAUUCGACUUGCGCUGAGCCGUGUGACGUUUGCUUUCACUUCAGGUGUCAGAGGAACUCCAAUGAGAAGCACCAUGACCACGAGUGUGGAGUCUGUGGUUUGGAACGUGAACGCCUAGUUGAAGAAUCCUCCAAGGACAAGCCUGAGAAGAAGUCAGUUCGUGACUAUCUCAAGAUCCUCAAGCCUGAGAAGUUCCACUAUGUCCUGGACAAGACGAUCUGUCUGUUCAAAGGCAUCACCAUCGACCACUUCAAUGGUUUGAGUGAGGAUGAGAAGAAGGAGUUGAGAGACAAGCACGACCCCUUGUCGUUGAGCCGGGAAUCCAAUGCGGAGUCUCUGAAGCUGGUCGAACAUCAUCGCAAUGAUCUUAGAAUCGGCUUCCUCGAAAGGGUCUCGAAGUCGCUGAUGGAAGGAGCGAACCGGACCUUUGGUCUUCGGUCGGCUCCGGAGGCGGAAGAGCCGAGUCGAUCCUCUGGAUCGGCCGAGCUCCCAACACCGUCUCGACCCAUCGGAACUUCGUCAACCCAAGCGAUGCAUCGAACCGUGGAGCUCUUGGAAGUCUCCAACUUAGACGCGGAGAAACGUGAGAAGAUCCAGGAACUUGAAGAGUGCGACGACGAGGACGAGUACAAGCGGAUUGAGAAACGCAUCGCAGAGAUUGAUGCUCGCAAGAACGAGCUCAAAGAGAAGAUCCGCGAGAACGACAAGGAGGCAAAGGAAAAGAAGGCUCAAGGAAGCUUCAAGCUCACUGAGGCAACAGUGAACGAUCAAAGCUGGCAUGACGCUCGAUAUCAUGCUGCGCUGAAGGCCGGCGUCUCUCACUCAAAGGCUUGGUUCGAGGAGAAGAAGCGGCGCAAAGCAACUCUUCAUCGACGAUCUGGAGGCAAGGAACGCGCUGAGGAGAAGCUACGUUUGGAUGAAGCUUGGCACAAGGAGUUCGACAGCAAGAAGGUCAAGGAUGAGGAGUACCACGACGAAACUUUAGGAGGCAUCGAGACAGAGGCAGUGGUCAUCGAGGAGGAUAAGAUCCGAGUUUUGAGUGGAAAGCCAAAGUUGGUUCGUCGAGGACAUCUCAAGCGGAAGGACGCUGGUGUCUUUGUUAGGUCGUCGAGGUCAUACCGGAAGUUGACCCAAGAUGAAGUCGCCAAGUUCAAGACUGAGACACGCGCUGAUGAACAGCGUGUCAUGAGCAGACAACGGGUCGACAUCCACAAGAAACGUCAACGAACGAUGACCGAAUCCAAGAAGUUGGCAAGGUCCUUCCGGGUCAAAACUGCUAGAGCUCGCAGAAGGAUGGCAAAGAAGGAGGAUGCUUUCUAUCUUCAUCAUCCCAAGGGUGGCAUGAUGUGCAGUGACUUCAAGCGGUCGUUUUGUCGACGAGGUGCACGAUGCAAUAUGGGCCACUCUGAGGUUGAUCGUGAAAUUGGAUUCAUCAAGAGACGCAACGACGUGGUGGUCAAGACCUUCGGCAAGGUGCAGGAGAUCAACUCCUUUGAAGGCGGUUGGAACAGUAGCCAUGGAAGUUCUGAGCAAUGGACGAAGUUGGUGGUGAACUUCGACACUGGCGCUGCAGUCACAGCAGUGCCGCUUGAAUUGGAAAAGUCUGGAUUGAUUCAGGGCGAUGAGAAUCCGAACAAUGCCUCAUAUAAGACGGCCUCUGGUGAACUUCUCUCCGACAGUGGAGGCGUCGUCGUCAAAGGGUACGACAACAAUGGCAUUGGCAAAAGUGUUGAAGGUCGGUUGAUUGAUGUCCACCGAAUGCUGGCGAGCGGCACCGCAGUCUCAAAGAAGAAUGUGGUAAUGCUCAUGGAUGGCAAGGGCGUCAUCAUCCCAAAGAAUGGCAAGAUUGCUCAAGGACUCCGUGCUGCGUAUGACGACCUGGUGAAGAAGCACCCUGGGGAAGCCCAACAAGUUACGCAACUCUAUGAGCAGAAGGGCAUCUUUGUCUUCGAUCUUUGGUUGAAUGGCUCGGUCAAUGGCAACGAGUCAGGCCAUUUUGGCAAGAAUCUUGGAGCAAUGGACGAGGGUUUCACCAGGCAGGUGAAUCCGUAA